AUGAAUGGUUUCAUUUCCUCGCUGCUGAUCCAAAUUGGAAUACGAUCCCCCCUACCACCCCAGCCGAGCAGCCAACCAAAUGACGACCAAGCUAAAUUCCACCUGAACGGACCGACACACCCCUCUUGUGAUAGUGAAGACCAUAAAUUUGUUCCUCGACCGGACCAAGAUCACGGACAGAAAUCGAACUGCGGAGAUGCGGGUGCGGGGUCCCUGCAUAGCCCUUGUUUCUUCACAACCCUACCGAAAGAGAUGGAUGGCCGAAACUUGCAAGCGGAGGGCACUCGAUCAGUGACCCACAAUACACCGGGAUCCGUCCAAAAUAUAGUUGCGAUCACAGACAGAUCAUUUGAUCCCGCACAUGAAAUAGAAGUCGCCGCACAGUCGGACAGUUCAGGGAAUCCACAAGCUUCAGACCCCGGCGAGGCGCUGGACUCGCCUAGUGAGCCACAAUAUGCAGCUUCAGGAAUAGCCAUUGUGGAGCCUCGGCGAUCUUUGGACAAUGCCUUUGAUCCAGAGGGGCUGGCACAGUCUUCGCUUCCGGCGGAUGAUGGGAUGGGAGUUCUAAGAAGCAAGAUCAUCGCUAUUAGGGAGUUGCGGCUGACCAAUGUUGAAAAGGCGCGAAUGGUUCACGGUCUGAUGACAGAAGGUUACAACUCAUCCCGUGAGCUCCCAAGCACCCCUGGCAUGGGGGCAUCGAGCCCACCGAGUCUGGGGGUGCCAACAAGCCCGAGGACUCCCCGAGCGUCGGGGAUCAAUACUUUUAGGCCGGGUUCACCAUACACCGAAUCAGUUCCUCUGUACGAGAGCACCUUCAAUCUCACAACUGAAGAUCUUCGGCCCACUUUCGUACCCAAGGCAGAAACAGAACCGCCAGAACUUGAAACUGGGGAUGAAGACUGUGACACAGAAGAACAAGAAGAGGCUAUCCUUGGGUGUGUGCAUUAUCAGCGCAAUGUAAAACUCGAGUGCCACACUUGCAAAAAAUGGUAUACCUGCCGCUUCUGCCAUGACGAAGUGGAAGACCACUCUCUCGUUCGUCGAGAUACCGAACACAUGCUCUGUAUGCUAUGUGGGCAUGCACAGCCCGCAGCGCAGAACUGCAGACUGUGCAGUGAGCAAACUGCACAGUAUUAUUGCGAGAUUUGCAAGCUCUGGGAUAACGACAGCAAAAAGAGCAUAUAUCAUUGCAGCGACUGCGGUAUAUGUCGAAUUGGGCAGGGCCUGGGGAAGGAUUUCUUCCAUUGCCAAACAUGCUCUCUUUGUCUUCCUAUGUGCAUUGAGAACACCCAUCGUUGCAUUGAACGGUCCACCCAGUGUGACUGUCCUAUAUGUGGCGACUACAUGUUCACUUCUCCAGAAAAAAUCGUCGUCAUGCGAUGUGGCCACAGCAUACACCACAAAUGUCUCUCAGAGUACUCCAAAAGUUCCUUCCGUUGUCCCCUUUGUAGCAAGACCAUCACCAACAUGGAGUCGACAUUCCGAAACCUGGAUCGCACCAUCGAGAGCCAGCCUAUGCCCGAGGAAUUCAAGGAUACCAAAGGCCUUAUUUAUUGCAAUGAUUGCGGUUCGAAGUCAGUUGUCAAGUAUCAUUGGCUCGGCUUAAGAUGUGAUUUAUGUGAGUCGUACAACACGGCACAACUUCGCAUCUUGCACGGAGAUAUGUCUGCUCAACCUGAGGAAGACUCCGGGGAAGACCUCCUUCCUCGGCCUCGAUCGUCUUCAGUCACUGAGAACGAUGACUCGAUGUCAUCUUCCCUGGCAGCAUUGAAUGUCAGUAACACAUCGGUUCCUCGUUCACCGCUCAGUGUUCCUAUGUCCCCUGAGCCCGUUAGACGAUUCUCAUCCUAUAACAUCACACGAGGCCGUGCUGUCUCGCCCGUCGUCAGCAACUACUUUGGACUGCCGACUGAGCGUGAAUCAGAGAAACCUUCAUUUAUGCCCUUCUUUGGAGGUCCAUCUCGUGGCGAGAAUGAGGACUACGGUGCAUUAAAUUUCUUGAGCAAGAAGCUUACAUACCGAUAUGGACUUUUUGGCGGUGAAACCAAAUCAACUGAAAAGGCCUUGGAAACUGGGGAUGAAGAAGAGGACGGAGAGUCUUCUGACUGCGCUGAAUCGGAUGGUUCUCAUGGUACUGAGGACGACGAAGAGGAAGAGGAAGAUCAAGACCACAUUCAAAUUUUCGGCCAUCAAUGA